AACAUCAUGCCCAUCACUCAGGACAAUGCCAGGCUGCACCUGUCCCUCCUCUGCCAGUGGCUGCAGAACAGCCUGCAAGAGGGCGGGGAUGGGCCGGAGCAGCGGCUGUGCCAGGCGGCCAUCCGGAAGCUGCAGGAGUACAUCCAGCUCAACUUCGCUGUGGACGAGAGCUCGGCGCCACCUGAGCACAGCUCCCCGGAGAUGGAGAUCUGCACGGUGUACCUCACCAAGGAGCUGGGGGACACGGACACCGUGGGCCUCAGUUUUGGGAACAUCCCUGUCUUUGGGGACCUUGGAGAAAAGCGCCGAGGGGGCAAGAAGCGGAAGCCCCACCUGGGCCCCGUGCUGGAUGUGGGCUGCAUCUGGGUGACGGAGCUGAGGAAGAACAGCCCCGCGGGGAAGAGCGGGAAGGUCCGACUGAAGGACGAGAUCCUCUCCCUCAACGGGCAGCUGAUGGUCGGUGUGGACGUGAGUGGGGCCAGUUACCUGGCUGAACAGUGCUGGAAUGGAGGCUUCAUCUACCUGAUCAUGCUGCGGCGCUUCAAGCACAAAGUCCAUUCUCCUUACAACGGCAGCAGCAGCCACAGCUCUGAACCAGGAGAGACCCCAAACUUGGAGCUGGGAGACGGAACUGUGAAAAAAGGAAAGAGAGCGAGGAAGUUUGGGGUCAUUUCCAGGCCUUCUACCCCCAAGGCCUCUGAGGAGUCCAAGAGCAGCUCUGGCUGUGACCUGGACGGCGACCCAGCCUCCGAGCCGCACCACAGCCUGCACCCUGAGCCCGGAAAUGGUCACGCCUUCGAGUUAGCAAACGGCCCAGAUCCUCUCAAGGAGGUGGCUGGGUCCCCUCCGGAUGGGUCAGAAGUGGACAGAGCGACAGAGCAUAGGACUCCACAGACAGAAGCCCCACCGGCUGCCAGCAAUGACAAGCACAACUCCAAACCUGGGAAGACGGAUGUCCAGUCCAGUGACGGCCUGGCCCGGGAGGAAGUUGGCCGGAUAUGGAAGAUGGAGCUGCUUAAAGAAUCUGAUGGGCUGGGAAUUCAGGUUAGUGGAGGCCGAGGAUCAAAGCGCUCACCUCACGCUAUCGUUGUCACUCAAGUGAAGGAAGGAGGUGCCGCUCACAGGGAUGGCAGGCUGUCUCUAGGAGACGAGCUGCUGGUGAUCAACGGCCACUUACUGGUGGGGCUCUCCCACGAGGAAGCAGUGGCCAUUCUCCGCUCGGCCACUGGCAUGGUGCAGCUGGUGGUGGCCAGCAAGGAAACCUCUGCAGAGGACCUGCUCAGGCUGACGUCGAAGAGUCUGCCUGACCUGACGAGCUCAGUAGAAGACGUGUCUUCUUGGACCGACAACGAAGACCAGGAGGCAGGCGGGGAAGAGGACGAAGGAGCCGGCUCGUCUUCCGUCCUGGGAGCAAUGCCUGGGACAGAAGAGCCCCAAGAUUUGUGUGGCCCUGAAGAAUCCAAGGGGAACUUGGAGAGUCCCAAACAGGGUGGCAGUAAAAUGAAGCUCAAGAGUCGUCUCUCUGGGGGUGUACACCGCCUGGAGUCUGUCGAAGAAUAUAAUGAGCUGAUGGUGCGGAAUGGGGACCCCAGGGCCAGGAUGUUGGAGGUCUCCCGAGACGGCCGAAAGCACUCUCUUCCCCAGCUCUUGGACUCCUCUGGGGCCUCACAGGAAUACCACAUCGUGAAGAAGUCAGCCCGCUCCCUGAGCACCACGCAGGUGGAGUCUCCCUGGAGGCUCAUUCGGCCUUCGGUCAUCUCUAUCAUUGGGCUGUACAAAGAGAAGGGCAAGGGCCUGGGCUUCAGCAUUGCUGGAGGUCGAGACUGCAUUCGAGGACAGAUGGGGAUUUUUGUCAAGACCAUUUUUCCAAAUGGAUCGGCUGCCGAGGAUGGAAGACUAAAAGAAGGAGAUGAAAUCCUCGAUGUCAACGGAAUACCAAUAAAGGGCUUGACGUUUCAAGAAGCCAUCCAUACCUUUAAGCAAAUCCGGAGCGGGUUAUUUGUCUUGACGGUCCGCACAAAGCUGCUGAGCCCAAGCCUCACUCCCUGUUCUACACCGACACACAUGAGCAGAUCCAGCUCCCCGAAUUUUAACCUCAGUGGGGGAUCCUCAGCCGUUGGCUCGGACGAAGGCAGUUCCUCAUCCCUGGGGCGCAAGGCCCCUGGGCCCAAGGACAGGAUCGUCAUGGAAGUCACACUCAACAAAGAGCCCAGAGUUGGGCUGGGCAUUGGUGCCUGCUGCCUGGCCCUAGAGAGCAGCCCUCCAGGCAUCUACAUCCACAGCCUGGCCCCAGGAUCCGUGGCCAAGAUGGAGAGCAACCUGAGUCGUGGAGAUCAAAUCCUGGAAGUGAAUUCAGUCAACGUUCGCCACGCUGCUUUAAGCAAAGUCCACGCCAUCUUGAGCAAAUGCCCCCCCGGGCCCGUUCGCCUCGUCAUCGGCCGGCACCCUAACCCAAAGGUUUCCGAGCAGGAAAUGGAUGAAGUGAUAGCACGCAGCACUUACCAGGAGAGCAAAGAGGCCAAUUCCUCCCCCAGCUUAGGUACUCCCUUGAAGAGUCCCUCUCUGGCCAAAAAGGAUGCCCUGAGUGCGGAAUCUGAGCUCUCCCAGUACUUUGCCCACGAUGGCCCAGGCCCCUUGCCAGACUUCGUGGUGGCUGGCUCUGAGGACGAGGAGCACCCAGGAAGUGGCUGCAGCACCUCGGAGGACUGCAGCCUGGCACCCAGCACCCUCACUCCCAAGGAGCCGGGCAAACCCAGGGCCAACAGUCUUGUGGCCCUAGGAAGCCAGCGGGCUUCAGGGCUCUUUCACAAGCAAGUGACAGUUGCCAGACAAACCAGUCUCCCUGGGAGCCCGCAGGCACUCCGAAAUCCUCUUCUCCGUCAGAGGAGGGUCGGCUGCUACGAUGGUGACGAGGCCAGUGACGAGGAAGAGUUCGAUGGUGAAGGAGACUGCAUUUCCCUCCCAGGGGCCCUGUCGGGUCCCAGCAGGCCUCUGACAGAGGACGAUACCAGGCAUGUGUUGAGGACCUCUUCCAAGGCCACAGGCAGCAUCCAUCGAGAGGAGUAUCCCCAGAAAACACUGGUCAGCAAGGCCUCCUCAGUGCCUCUCCUUGGCAGCUCACUGGACUUGGAGGAGAGAGACCCAAGGGGCACAGGAGACCCGCCUUCCCACUCAGCCCACCCACUGGCCUGUGCAGCAGCCCCCCGGAAUGGCCCUGGCCGCUCCGGGAGGAAGGAACUGUCAGGGUCAAAGAGUUCCCCCAAGUUAGAAUACAGAGUUGCCACAGACCCCCAGAAUCUGGUGAAGACAGACAGCACCAGCUCUCCCCUACAGAAGAAUGACAGCCUGGGAUCUGGACACAAGCCUGUGGCCCGGGUCAGCCCCCACCGCAAGAAGCCUGAGGCUGAGAGCAGGCCGGGAAGCCUGAAGGAUGGAGCCGUUGAACCACAUGGUCUGGACCUGAGAACCCAGGUCUCUUCCAUCAAAGUGACCAGCACGGGUGUUCAGCCAGGUGGCGCUAUGGAGCAGCAGCCUCUGGGAAAGCUGACCAUCGGGGAUGGGUGUGCCCCGACCGGCUGUGUUCUGCACUGCCCAGAUGCUGACCUUCUCCCAGAGAGCCUUCCAGAAGCUGUACUGGAGCUCAGGCAACAGCCCCAGCCAGAGCUGAACGGCUCUGUCCCGAAGGGGACGGCUCGCCUUGACCCCAGCAAGACCUCAAGGGACACAAGUCAGGCCGGGAGGCCUGAGAACCCUGGAGGACCAGUGCCGCCCCCCAGGGCCCCCAAGUCUCAGGACAGCUCUCGGGACAGUGAGGGGUGCAGCCCGUCCCCGAGGAAGGCAGCCACGGCCCAGACUGACUUCGGCAAGACUCCAGCGGCUGCAGAGGCCAGCUUCCCUGGCAGCGGCAGGCAGGCGGCUGCCCACGGGGGAACAGGACCUGAGGCAGAGGCAGCCGCUCCGGCCAGCGCCCUCCCGGCACCAGACCUCCCGCCCCAGGAGGGGCGACCUAACCACAGCAAGGCCUCACACCCCACAGGCAUCCUCAUACCUGGCAACUCCCCUCAGUCUGCUCUGCCCAAGGGAACAGGCCCCAUAGCCCAGAUGGACCCACAGCCUGGCCCCGCCCUGCUGCCCCCAACGGACAAGGCCCAGGGUGGGUGUGGCAGUCAGUCGGGUCACUGCUGCCCCCCAAAGAGUGGCAGGAGCCCCGGGGCUGCUGACAGACUCAUCGAGGACGUGGAUGCUUCUGAGGCAAGACUCCCAUCCCCUCAGAAAGGGGGCCCGGCCCUUCUGGAGGGCGCUCCUCAGGGUCAGCCUCCAGCGGGAGGCGGGAGUUCCUGCGAGGCCCCGCCCGUCACAGGGAGCCAGACCCCCUCCCCAAGGAGGGAGUGGCCCAGCAGCCCGGGUUCCCCACAGUGGACCUCCCAACCUUCAGUACUGGAUUCAGUUCAUCCCGAUAAGCACCUUACUGUGAAUAAAAACUUCCUCAGCAACUACUCUAGAAACUUCAGCAAUUUCCACAAAGACAGCAUCUCCCCGCCAGGCCUCGGUGACAGCGCAGGGCCGCCCCUCUCGUCCAUGUACGGAGAUGCGGAGGACUCGUCUUCAGACCCCGAGUCACUCACUGAAGCGCCACGCGCUUCCGCCAGGGACCACCUGUCGCCGCCUCCUUCCCGUGAGUCGUCUUACAAGGGUGAUACUACAGAGUCUGAGGAGGAGCAAAUUGAAAUUUGUUCCACAAACGGCGCCCCCAGCCCACCCCUGACUCCUGCGCCCGCCCAGGCUGCACCCUGUGCUGCUUUAGCCAAAGUUCUGCCCUUGGAGCACAGCCCUCGGAGUGAAGCUCUGGCAGGCCCCUGUGAGAGGACGUCCUUCCUGCCUGGACCCUCGGACCCCCCCACCCCCAACUCCUCCCAGCCGUUUUCUCACCUGGACGUAAGUGCCCAUGAGCACGUGGACACAAGGAUUUCGCAGAACCACAGGCCCUCGUGUGCAGGAGACACCAUGGAAGGCACCGCCACCUCCGUGGAUGGCAGCCGGCCACCUCCAGCCUCCCGGUGUCUCCACAACGCCCCCGUCACUCUUGGCUCUCUUCAGGUGGUCAACGGUUUGGAACAUGAGCUGCUAAGUCACAAAACCCCAACUAAAACACAAGGAGCAGGUGUUCACACCAGCGAGAACCUGGCCUCCCUUGUCAUGGAUGUCCCUAAGAACGGAGACUCCAUUCUGGCCAGUCUGCACAUCUCAGAAAGUCAAGACCUGGAUGACUUGCUUCCGAAACCGAAAAUGAUCCCCAAGAGGCCCAUCAUGGCCUGGUUUAAAGAAAUAAAUAAAAAUAGUCAAAGCCCACAUCUGCAGAACAAAACGGAAAAGGAGCCCACCAGAAGCCCUGACUCCAGGAGUCCGGUGAUGAGCUCGAGCCACAGAAAGGGGGUGGCCGUGGCUGAGAGUCCUCCACAGCUGAAACUGAAUCUUGAAAAUAAAGACCCACCUAAAAAGAAUUCAGUGGAGACUCUCUUAAAUAACUGUCAGAAGCCCAAAUCCGGUCCUAAGCUGAAGAAACUGAGCAUCAAAAGCAAAAGCAAAGUCAGUGCCGAGGCCCCUGCUGCCACCACGGCCAAGGCUGUGGGGACGGACCCCAAGAAUUCCCUUCUCUCACCCCAGAACUCCCACAGAAUGCUGCCCCGGGGGGCGUCACCACGGUUCCAAAUAGCUGACCAUGAGGGUCCCAACACAAAUACCCCACCUCCCCUCAAGACCCCCCAGUGUAAGCGGGAGAGCAGGACGCCCCUGGCCACUGCAGGGUCACUGAAGGCCUCGGUGUCAGACACAAGCAUCAGGACAUUUACUUCACCUCUGACCUCCCCCAAGACUCCUCCUGAGCAAGGUACGUGCAGCAGCUUCUCCACGGCGGGCCACUCAGAACCUGAUAGAGGUUGCCCAGUCGCCCCCAAGCUUCCUAAGUGUGGCUCAGAGAGCAAGGUACCCUCUGUGGCCUCGGGGACCAAUCAUGUGGCCCCAAGGAGUAGCGCAUCCCCAGCAGCGAGCAAGCAGGACACCCCACCUCCGGAGCACAGCGAGCGGUGUGCAUCCAGCCAAGCCACGCCAAAAGCGGCCCAAGCUGGGGUGACUGGCAACAAAGAAAGCAAAAUAAUUGCCAGUGAUCUCCUGGAAAGGACCCACCAGCUGAAAAUAAUAGAGAUUUCUUCAGAAAGAAUGCCAAAGAAUGCGUCUGGUGACAAACUAGCAGAAAGUGACAGGCAGGGAGGGUCCCCGGCCCAGAGCAGCUGUCAGGAGAAGCGUGAGUUCAGACCCUGUCACCAGACUGUGGGGCCCAGUGCGCGUCAGCCAGCACCCCCAUCUCGCGCCUCCCAGGGGGAGCCGGAGAUGCAACCAGCUCUCAGCGUGGCAAAGCUGGUCUCCUCCUCCUCCUCGUCCCCGCUGCUGCCCACUAAAAAGGCAGAGGCCUCCCAAGGGAAGUCAAAGCCGCCAGACUCCCUGAACGGCAUCCCGACAGGCCCCACGCUGGAUGACCACCCCUACUUCACACCCAGGCCUGCGACCAGGACCUACUCCAUGCCUGCCCAAUUCUCCAGCCAUUUUGGACGGGAGGCUCAUUCCCUACACAUCCCAGGUCGCUCACCUCGAGACAGCCAGAGCCCGGGCCCCAGCCUGGAGGCCAGGGUGCCCAGGGGCAGUGUUCUUGGCCUGGCCAAUGGCCAGGGCAUCUACAGUGUCAAGCCCCUGCAGGAGAGGAGCCUUCCUGCAGCAGAGCCAGGGGAGGCCCUUUCAGGGCAGGAAAUGAGCUGCCUCAUCCCUGACAAGGUCAGAGUCACCAGAAGACAUUACUACUCUGAGCAGAACUGGCCCCACGAAUCUACCUCAUUUUUCUCUGUCAAGCAGAGGAUCAAGUCUUUUGAGAACCUGGCCAAUUCUGACCGGCCCACAGCCAAGUCCGGGGGCUCCCCUUUUUUGUCAGUAAGCUCCAAACCUCCCCUUGGCAGACGAUCAUCUGGCAGUGUGACUUUGGGGAGCCAUCAAGGCGACCCGACAAUGAGGUUGCUGAGACGCAGCCUGAGUUCCUGCAGCGAAAGCCAAAGUGAAGCCAGCACCCUCAUCCCCCAGAUGACCAAGUCCCCAUCCAGCAUGACGUUGAUGGGCUCCCGGCAGGCUCUGCCUGAGGCCAGUAGCAAGGCCCCAGACACAGACCCGAAGAAAACCCCUAGUCCUUCUGGAAUUCCCACCCCAACCCUGACCCCAGCCUCUUCCACCAGGAGGAUUAAGUCCUCGGUGCGCCACGCCCAGCCCUCUCCCUUGUCCCGCUCGAAGCUGCAGGAGCUGAGAGCCCUCAGCAUGCCCGACCUCGACAAGCUCUGCAGUGAGGACUUCUCAGCGGGACCGACGGCCGUGCUCUUCAAGACGGAGCUGGAAAUCAUCCCCAGGAAGACGCCUGGCUCCCCUGCUGAAGGCCCCAUUGAGUCCACCGCCCUUUCAUGUCCUGAGAAAGGAGGGGACAGGGUCUGUCCUGGAGGAAGCAGCUUUAAAGCCAGUGAGCCUGGGACACUGCGUUCAGCCCACCACGUGGGUGAAGUCACCCCAGGUCUGCCUGCUGCAAAAAGCUGGUCAGUUAAUUUGGAUCAACUUCUAGUCUCAGCGGGAGACCAGCAGAGAUUACAGUCGGUUCUGUCAUCGGUGGGGUCAAAAGCGACUAUCCUCACUCUCAUGCAGGAGGCAAAAGCGCAAUCAGAGAAUAAAGAUGAUGUCUGUUUCAUCGUCUUGAAUAAAAAAGAAGGCUCAGGUCUGGGAUUCAGUGUGGCAGGAGGGACAGAUGCGGAGCCCAAACCUGUGGUUCACAGGGUGUUUUCUCAGGGGGCAGCAUCUCAGGAAGGGACUGUGAACAGAGGAAAUCUCCUCCUGUCAGUCAAUGGCACCUCGCUGGCUGGUUUAGCCCAUGGGGACAUCCUGAAGAUUCUGCACCAGGCUCAGCUGCACAAAGAUGUCCUCGUGGUCAUCAAGAAGGGGAAUGAUCAGCCCACAACCAAGCAGGAACCUCCCCCCACCAAUAUGAAGAGCGCACUGUCCAGGAAAACCACCCCACUGGAGACUGGACCAGGGAGAAGCGUGGCUGCUCAUGAUGCUGUGUGCGUUGAAGUGCUGAAGACGCCUGCUGGGCUGGGCCUGAGUCUAGACGGAGGAAAGUCGUCUAUGUCUGGACAUGGGCCCCUGUUCAUCAAGAGAGUAUACAAAGGAGGUGCCGCUGAACAAGCAGGAACAAUAGAAGCUGGAGAUGAAAUUCUUGCCAUUAACGGGAAGCCCCUGGUUGGGCUCCUGCACUUCGAUGCCUGGAAUAUCAUGAAGUCAGUCCCAGAGGGACCCGUGCAGCUAGUCAUCAGAAAGCACAGGAAUUCUUCGUGAACCACGUACCAGUACUUAACACUUGCUGUAGAGCUUGUUAUGUUUCUGUUUCCUUAUUACUUUAGCAGAUCAGAAUGACUUUUUUAAUUGAUAGGUUCCUGAAAUAACAAACACUGCUAUCGGCAAGGACUCAAAAUCUCCAAGUUUUUACUUAAACCUGAGCUGACUUACUGUGCGUGCAACAGCAAUGGAGCUGCCCUCUGGAAGCCUUCUGCCUGCCUGGGCUGGAAGGGUUCCCUUUGUUCCAGUGCCUGCCCCGCCUUCGUGUUCACGGGUGGGGAUAAAGCUGUGGCCUGCCCUUCUUCUGAAGCAUUUAGCCAGACCUUCGCAUCCCUUUGCCACCUCUCCACACACCCAAUCCUGGCAGCCAGGGAGCUAACAGUGUCUGAGGGGCAACACAAAUGGACUAUAUAGUUUUAUAUAAUUUUGUAAGUAAAGAAUAAAAUGCUUUCAGGCACAUUCUAUGAAAGGAAGACUUGUAGGUCUGUAUGUUACCCUGAAAAGAAAGUGACACUUUUAAACGAUGACCUAAUGGUUAGGCUGAGCUCAGGAAUUAUCCGAAAAUGAAAAAGUAAACUACAGAAAGGUAUUUUUUAGUGAGUAUAAUGUGCAACAUAUAGAUGCAGAGUUCAACUCAGUAGGUUAUUGAUCGCUGUGAAGUGCGCUCAUGACCUGAAAGUGUAAGUCGUAAGGCUGUUGUACAGAAAUGCAGUUCUGAUAAACUGUACUAAAAUAACUAUGAGCUUUGCUGCUUAGAAUGAGCAGAAAGUUUCAGCUCUGAAAGCACCUUGCAUCUAGCUGGGAACCUGUCUUGAGUACUGCUUGAAUUCAAGACUGGUCUACACAAAAGCAGGCAAAAUACCACAGUCACUGGGUUUCCAUUUCAAUAUUCAGUACUCUCCAACCACAGAUUUAAAUUUUUUAGAAAUCAAGUAUCUUUGGAUUUUUAGACAUAUGCGUUUAUUUACAAUUUAAACCAAGAUGUAAAAUAAUCCUUUUAAGGGUUUUUUUUUUUUUUGGUGGGUGGUUUUUUGCCCCCUUUCCCCCUUUACCAGUAAGCUUAAGAAAGAUUAUGCAUCAAAUCUCUUUUCCUUACCUGACUGUAACAGCAUAGCUCUAUAGUGACUGAAGUCAUUGCUGUUUUUGCUUUCCUGUUUGCAAUUCUCUCCUUCUGCCAAACAUGUUUCUCUGCAGCGGACUGUUGUGACUCACACUGCUUGUGAAAAUCAUCCCAGCUGCUCUCUUUGGGAAGCACAUGCUUCUUCACAGUAGCUAUUCCGAUUCGAUGUGCUGAUCGUUGGCUUUUCUCUCCCCACACUAUACCUUCUUGUCCUACUCUAAACCAUCAACAGUUUCAGUUGCCAAACUGUACUAAGAAGAAAAUGGAGAACAGGGAGUGCCUCUUUCAAGGGAAAGGAGCAGAACUGUGGUUACAACCCAAGUCCUCAGUAGGCACAGGCCAGCUGAGCCCUGAGAAUAAGGGUAAGACUGCAUACCAGCGCAUGAUGCUGCUAAGGUUUUAUGUUGGAGAUUUCUUUAACCUACAGUUUGGGUCUAUCUAUAGCUUAGAUUAAAGAACUGAGGUCAUUAGGCCCCUGAUCAUGGAGGUGCUUUGUACAUCAUGUUUCUAAAUGAUCAAUCCCAGUAAACCUCUGUGGAAUUUGGCCCAGAGGCGUCUCAGAUGGGAGUAAAAUAUCUAGCUGGUGUGAUCCCAGAUUUCUCAUAUUUCACAGGCUUAUAUAAAAGAGAAUGUAGUACAGACAUUAGCUAGAAAGACCUGAUUCAUUUAGCUUCUACUUUUCACUACAUUUGCAAGUAGGAUACUAUAGGAAGUCAGUGCAAGGUGCAUGCUAGGUUGUUUUUAAUUCUUUGGGGUCAGUUUCUGCUUUCUUGCUUAGAUAACAAAACACUAUUGAAAGUCAACACCAACAAUUGUUUUUUGCCUCCACUCUUCCAGCUGUGCCUACUAGUAAGAAAUAAUACAGUCCGCGUGGACAGGUAUUUUUAGAGGAGACCAUUCUCACUCCACAUUACUCUUAAGAGUCCAUAAUCCUCAGAGUGCAAGAGUUUAAUGAUCCAGAGGUCUACCGUGCUAAAAUCAGCCAUUUCUACUAGAUCUGCCAGAAGGGAUCCCCGGCAUACUGUUGGAAUUUAAAGGAGGAAGCAAAAGCUAAACUGUCACUUACCCUAAGAUAAAAAAGCUAUUUAUUUGUCUUCAGUGUUCAAGGCAUGACUAGUAUAUCUAAUUAGUCUAAUUCCCACACUUCCUGAAGUGAACACUAAAUGUAUUGUUCUACUAAAGCUUACAUUGUUUGGUUUAUUAACUGGUCAGUCAUUCACAAUAAGCUAUGAGGGUAAGUAUGUGUUAUACAUGUAAACCAUAGUUGCAAGGAUCUAUACCAUGAAGGUGGAAGUAGCCUGGAUUUCAUUUCUGUCUUCCCAUAAACAUCUCAUUUACCUUUAUGGUUGACUUAAUUGGCACCACACCUGUUGUAUGAUAUUAUACAUUAUCCUUUAUUUAUGUAAUAUAAAAUGCCUUAUAUAUUAAAGAGUAAGUGCAAUAAUAUGAAAUAGCCUGUACAUUUUAAAAAUGUUGUCGCCAAGUUAUGUAAAUCCACAUCUCUGUAAACAACCUUUUUUAAGUAAUUUUAAAAAAAAUAAACACUCUGCUUACUACUUGU